CCGCGAGUUUGCAGGAAACGACGACCCCGUACCACACCAACUCCUGCCAUUUAUUUUUCACGUGAUCAUCAUCACCAUCAACAGUGGUGGUGCCCUGGACUCAAAAAGAGUAGUAUCCAUCCACACAGCUUUCACUUCUCAUUUUCUCCUCCUACUCCCCCUCUCGAAUUCAAAUGGAGGAGUUCGAAGGAGAGGAUCAGUGGGUUUGGGUCAGUAAGCCCAGUGAGGGGGGCUUGGAGUGGUGGGGGUUAUCGGAUUCGGGUCCAGAAGAGGACCCGUCGAGGUCCGCUAGGGUCGUGUUCACUGAACCCGCGAAGCAUUGGACCGAUGCAGCUCCCAUCGGGAACGGCCGCCUCGGGGCCAUGGUCUGGGCGGAGUCACCACCGAAACUCUGCAGCUAAACCAUGAUACUCUCUGGACUGGUGUACCAGGCGACUACACAAACCCACAAGCUCCUUCUGUUCUUUCGAAAGUGAGAAAACUUGUCGAUAGUGGAAAAUUUGCUGAAGCUUCCAAGGCAGGAUUUGAUUUAGCUGGUCAGCCAUCAGAUGUAUACCAACCACUUGGCAGUAUUAACCUAGACUUUGGUGAUUCUCACAUUCCAUAUUCUUCCUAUGGAAGAGAACUUGAUUUAACUACGGCAACUGUAACAGUCAAGUAUACUAUUGAUGACAUAGAGUUCACAAGGGAACAUUUCUCUUCAAAUCCGCAUCAAGUGCUUGUAACCAAGAUUUCUUCAAAUAAACCAGGCAGUCUAUCCUUUACGGUAUCUUUAGACAGUAAAUUGCACCACCACUCAACCGUGGAUUCUACAAACCGAAUUAUCAUGGAAGGUAGUUGCCCUGGUGAUAGAGCCCAACCAAAACUAAAUGCAUCUAAGAACCCAAAAGGAAUUCAAUAUUCUGCAAUUCUUGAUUUGAAGAUAGGAGGUCAUUCUGGUAUGAUAAAGGUUACAGAUGAUCAAAAGUUGAAAGUUGAAGGCUCAGACUGGGCUGUUUUAGUUCUAGCGGCUUCUUCCUCAUUUGAUGGUCCAUUUACGAACCCUUCUGAUUCUAAAAAGGAUCCUACAUUGAUGUCCUUGAAUACAUUGAAUAUGGUUAAGACUUUGUCUUUCUCGGAGUUAUUCACCCGCCAUUUCGUUGAUUAUCAGAAUCUUUUCAAUCGUGUUUCGUUGCAACUGGAAGGCAGGAGUCAGGGAAGUGUGAGAACUCUGAAACCUUCAGAAACUGAUUUUCAAAAACAAUUAUCAAAGGACGUGGUUUCUACAGCAGAAAGAGUAAAAUCUUUUAAACUUGAUGAGGAUCCAUCUUUGAUAGAACUUUUAUUCAAUUAUGGUCGAUAUCUACUGAUCUCUUGCUCGAGGCCUGGAACUCAGGUUGCAAACUUACAGGGAAUAUGGAACAAGGACACCGAACCAGCAUGGGAUGCAGCUCCUCACUUGAAUAUCAAUCUACCGAUGAAUUAUUGGCCAUCUCUUUCUUGCCAUCUCAGUGAAUGUCAAGAACCAUUGUUUGAUUACAUUGCUUCACUUGCAGUCAAUGGGGCAAAAACAGCACGAGUAAGCUUCACUUUCCUUCCACAGUGA